CUGAAAGAAAAUCCUAUCCUUAGUCCGCUAUUAUAGCUUGGUCAUGUCCACAGGUGUAGAAUUUGUACCUCGCAAUUAUAGUCAUUUGUUCCAAAAAAAAUAAAAUAAUUUAUCGUGUCAAACCACUUCAAUCAAACAACAAUAAAUUGGUUUUCUAGAAGACAUUUACGCUCUUGUGUAUCAUUUUCCAGCCUUGACUCCAUGUCGACGUUCUUAUUCUUUCACUAGUCGCAAUGUUGAAAAUUCCGUCACAAGAACUGAAUUUGAUUGGCUGACAUUGGUCAUAUAAGCACUACAAUUACAACAGUCUCAGUUCAAUUUCUUGAAGAAAUGGAACUUUUCACUCCCCUGCUACCAAUUGCUGGAUUUUUGGCUCUGUUAUUACUUCUCAAGCGGUGGAAACAAUCGAGUCAUCAGAACCCAGAGAACAAGCUCAAAUACGCCCCAGAAUCAGCCGGCGGAUGGCCUGUAAUAGGCCACCUUCUUCAACUGACUAGCCAUGAAACUCUGGCAAGAUCCUUAGGAGCUUUGGCUGAUAAAUACGGCCCUGUUUUCCGGAUUCGUAUUGGUAUGAGCCCCUGCUUAGUUGUGAGUAAUUGGGAAGCUGUUAAAGAAUGUUUCACAUCCAAAGAUAAAGUAUUUGCAUCACGCCCAAAUUCAAGUGCCGGAAUCUACCUCGGUUACAAUUAUGCCGGUUUUGGUUUCGCCGCUUAUGGUCCUUACUGGCGAGAAUUGCGAAAGAUAGUCUUGGUUGAAGUCCUUUCCAGCCGAAGGCUUGAAUCCCUCCGGCAUAUCCGAAUUUCGGAACUCGAAAACAGCAUCAGGGAAUUGUUCUGGCUAGGAAACACCGGAAUUGAUCGUCGUCCGGCGGCGAAAGUGGUGAUGAGUGAGUGGUUCGAGCAAUUGACUCUGAAUAUAAUUGUGAGGACAAUUACUGGGAAAAGAUACAACGGUGAGGAUGAAAUUGGAGGCGGGAAAUAUUUUAGGAAAGUUGUGAAGGAGUUUAUGCACGUGUCGGGGCAGUUUGUGUUGUCCGACGUGAUUCCGGUUUCGUUCUUGAAGUGGUUGGAAUAUUUUUUAGGACACAUUAAAACCAUGAAACGAAUUGCGAAAGAGCUUGAUACUAUAACCCAGAUUUGGAUCGAUGAUCACGUUGAGAGGAGAAGGGCCGGCGGGAAGACCGACGAUGAUGACGAAGAACAACAACAAGACUUCAUUGACGUGAUGCUUUCAGCAAUCAAAGACGACUUUGUGGAUGAAUUUGGACACUCGCGAGAGACCGUCAUCAAAGCCACAGUACAGAAUAUAAUAUUGGCAGGAUCGGACACGACAUCAACACAUUUGACAUGGGUCCUAAGCCUUUUACUGAACAAUCCACACGACAUGAAACAAGCCCAAGAAGAAAUCGACCAUAUUGUGGGUAAGGAAAGAUGGGCAGAAGAAACUGACAUAAAGAAUCUGGUUUACCUGCAAGCCAUUGUGAAAGAAGCAUUGCGUUUAUAUCCGCCAGGCCCAAUAUCAGUGCCACACCUAGCCCGGGAAGAUACAGAGGUCAGCGGAUACCACGUUCCCAAGGGGACCCGUUUGUUUGUUAAUCUGUGGAAGCUGCAUCGGGACCCGAGGAUUUGGUCGGAUCCCGAUACGUUUCUGCCGGAAAGAUUCAUGGGUAGCCACGCAGAGGUCGAUUUCUCCGGGCAGAAUCAUUUCGAGUUCAUCCCUUUUGGGUCCGGGCGGCGAGCGUGUCCGGGACUGACGUUUGCGAUGCAAGUGACGCAUUUGACGCUGGCAAGGUUGCUUCAGGGAUUUAGUUUCGCGACGGUUUCGGAGUUGCCGGUGGACAUGGCUGAAGGUCAAGGAAUUACGUUGCCAAAGCUUAAUCCAUUGGAAGUGUUGAUCAUGCCUCGCUUGUCUCAUUCUCCUUUAUCUCCUAAACUAGAGUAACAAUUGCUAUGUUGCAGCAUUAUAGUACUUGUAAUAAUUCGUUUGUUACUUCAGACUUCAAAGUUUGAACUUACAAUUGAGAAUUAAGCCGAUAUUACAAUACGAUUUUCUCCACCACAAAGAAGACUAAAAAAAUCUAGAUUUGAGAAUUCAAAUCAAGCCAUAUCGCAUGGAAAAC